CGAAUAAAUAAAGUAUUUUUAUUCUUAUCAAGUGUAAUUAUUCCUACUAAGCAUUUAUUUAUAUGCUAAUAUUUUAACAAUGGAACAAGAUGGCAAAACAUACAUACCUUUAAAUAAGAGUUUCCUAAAGAAUAAUAUUAGUGGUAACGAAGGCUCUUGUUUAAAUGUAGUAACACCAUAUGUAUCUCACUCAAAUUCAUCUGUGUCUCGAAUCAACGAAUAUUUUACAAAACUUAGCAUAAAUUCCAACAUUACAAAACAGAAGCUUGAAAUAAGUGGAAAUGACAAGUAUCUUGCAGGAACAAUUCGAAGUAUUAUCACUAGCAUGGGUCUUGUUCUUAUCCAACCAUCAAUGUCUAAUCUUUUAUAUUUGGAUACUCCAUUAUUUGUAUAUAAUCCAAAUUCUCAGAAUCAAAGUUUUACAAAUUAUGUUUACUUAGGCAAAAUUGAUGAUAUCUUUGGUUCUGUGAAAGAACCAAUGUAUAGUGUAUCUUCCUUAUUAGAAGAAAUUAGUAUAUUAAAUGUUGGAGAUCAAGUAUAUUUUCUUCUCAAUGAUCCAAAUACAAAAUUUAUGUCUGUUGAACAUAAAUUAAACAACACUUUCAAUAUAAUAAAGCACAAAUGUAAUGAGUAAGAAAAAAAUAUUGAUUAAUGAUAAGAAAUGGUUAAAUAAAAUUCAUCUUAAAUAUACUUAAAUACAUUAAUUAGCUGUACAGGUACAAUUAUAUUUACUAGUUUAAUUGUAAGAAAAAAAAAGAGAAAAGAAAAACAAAUUAAAU